UGUUUUCCUAUUCUCUCUAUUUCUUUAUCUCUCAGUUUGCCUGCCAAGCUUAUAAAUGGAGGCAUAGCUGGACUGAUUGGAGUUACUUGUGUGUUUCCAAUCGACUUGGCCAAGACUAGGCUCCAGAAUCAACAGAAUGGGUCUCGUCUCUACAACAGCAUGUCAGAUUGCCUUAUCAAAACCGUUCGCUCAGAUGGCUACUUUGGGAUGUACAGAGGUGCAGCAGUAAACCUAACCCUGGUCACCCCAGAGAAAGCCAUAAAGCUGGCUGCUAAUGAUUUCUUUCGACAACAACUUUCUAAGGAUGGCCAGAAGCUGACUUUGCUGCGAGAGAUGCUGGCCGGCUGUGGAGCAGGUACCUGCCAGGUCAUUGUUACCACCCCAAUGGAGAUGCUGAAGAUUCAACUCCAAGAUGCUGGACGGAUAGAGGCCCAAAGGAAGGCGACUGCACUGGCUCAGGGGAGAGCUGCUUCAGGCCACCUGGAACUGAAGUCUCCCACAGCCUUUCAGCUGACCGAAGACCUUCUGAAGAGGAAAGGAAUCACUGGACUGUACAAGGGCCUUGGAGCCACGCUACUGAGGGAUGUUCCCUUCUCUAUGAUCUACUUCCCUCUGUUUGCCAAUCUGAACAAUUUGGGAAGAUCUGGGGCAGAGGGACCUGCCCCAUUUUAUGUUUCCUUCACCUCUGGCUGCGUGGCAGGCAGUACUGCUGCCGUGGCUGUCAACCCGGUGGAUGUGAUUAAAACCAGAUUACAGUCUUUAACUCGAGGAGGUCAGGAAGACACCUACACUGGAGUGACCGACUGCAUAAGGAAGAUCCUGCGCCACGAGGGUCCCUCCGCCUUCCUGAAGGGUGCAUACUGCCGUGCUCUGGUCAUAGCACCCCUCUUUGGCAUUGCCCAGGUUGUGUACUUCCUGGGCGUGGGUGAGCUCAUCCUCAGCCUCCUGCCUAGGAGAGACCCAUAACGGCGUCCCCUGGGAUUUGUAGUUCAAGACAUGGCUUUAUGAACAAACUGCACAUCAUUUGGAGAUAUGAGGCCGAACUCAUUCUUGUCCCUUUGUCAUGGUCUAGACUGGCGCUGACCUUCCCUUGGCUGUGUAAAAUCAUCGACUUGUAAGAGGGAACAGUAACAAAUGCU